AUGCUUUUCUUCACCCAGUGCUUUGGGGCUGUGUUAGAUCUUAUUCACCUGCGGUUUCAGCACUACAAGGCAAAGAGGGUUUUCUCAGCUGCCGGGCAACUUGUCUGCGUCGUCAACCCAACGCACAGCCUAAAGUAUGCACCGACCCAUUGUGCAGCUACACAGACGUCCGCGGAGCAAGGCAUCCUUCCUCCCUGCCAUCACCACGAAGCAGUGCACGACCCCCAGCUGGUUCCCUGCACGUGCCCGCUCUUCUCCUGCCCAUGGGAAGGGCACCUGGAGGUGGUGGUGUCCCACCUGAGGCAGACUCACCGCAUCAACAUCCUUCAGGGGGCAGAGAUUGUCUUCCUGGCCACAGACAUGCACCUGCCCGCACCCACGGACUGGAUCAUCAUGCACUCUUGCCUUGGCCACCAGUUUUUGCUGGUCCUCAGGAAGCAGGAGAAGUAUGAAGGCCACCCCCAGUUCUUCGCCACGAUGAUGCUGAUCGGCACGCCGACCCAAGCCGACAACUUCACCUACCGGCUCGAGCUCAACAGGAACCAGAGGCGCCUUAAGUGGGAGGCGACCCCCAGGUCGGUACUGGAGUGUGUUGACUCUGUCAUUUCGGACGGGGAUUGCCUUGUGCUGAACACUUCCCUGGCUCAGCUCUUUUCCGACAACGGAAGCCUAGCGAUAGGAAUUGCAAUAACCACCAGCAAAGUUCACAACGCCGAAGCUGAAAUGUGA